AUGUCAUCUAAAGAUGAAUCUGCUCUAUUUCGUCUAAAGAAUUUAAUCGAUCAUAGCGUCAUAUCAAUUUACAAAAACCAAUUCAAAAUUGGUCGAGCAUCAACAAAUGAUUUAACUAUCGAGAAUAAUCGUUAUGUGUCAUCAGCCCAUUGUACAUUCGAAUUCAAUGAUGGACAUAUCUAUAUUCGAGAUACCAGUUCAAAUGGAACGUUAAUCAAUCGAACAAAAAAGAUCAAUAAAAAUGAAUCUCCACUUGAAUUACAAACUGGGGAUAUCAUUCAUCUGGUUUUUCGGAAAGACGAACCCACAGCGAAUAUCAUUCUUCAAUUGGAAUUGCCAUUAGUAACCAAAACGUUAAGCCAAUCGGAUAACAAAUUGAAACGGAAACAUUCUGACACUCCAUCAAAUUCAUUCGUAACAACAAAUGACACUAAAGAAAAUGUUGAUUUAUCGACUAUGAGUACCGAUGUUGAAUUAAAACGAAUGAAAACAAAUGAAGAUUCAGCUAUGAAAGCUGGCGAUGAUAUGGAAGAUAUACUCACAUGUGUUUGCUGUCAAGAAAUCAUGAACAAUCCGAUCUGUCUCGAACCUUGUUUACACGCUUUUUGUAGCGAUUGUUAUCAUUCAUGGGAAGCCGUUCAACGUACAUGCCCUAAAUGUCGCGCAAAGGUGAUUGCGUAUCCACAUAAACGACCUGCAUUGCAAGCUAUUGAUAACAUUAAAGCUAAACCGAAAACAAUUGUCAAUGCUAAUAAUGCUGUUGAUUCAAAUGGAAUGUAUCUUCGACGGGAUAUUAACAGUCAUGAUGACGAAAACGAGGAUGACGACGACGAGGAUGAUGAUGAAAACGAAGAUGAAGAUGAUGACGAUGAAGAAAAUGAAGAUGAAGAUGAUGAGGAUGAAAAUGACCAGAUGGAUGACGACGGCGACGAUGAUGAAGAUCACUUUGUUUUACUCAUGCCUAAUACUGUACCUGAUGCACGAUUUAUGUGUCGUCAAUGUCCACCAAUUGCUCUAGCUGUAAGAGCUGAUGCUAGUGUUAUUCCUACUGGUUAUCGAUGUCGUCCAGGUCAAAAGCAUAUUAUCUGUCAAUGUUGUGUUCAACCAAUGCCUGACCGAUCAGAUGAACUCAACAUACAUCAAAGCUGUGAAAUAUGUCAUCAAUAUUUUUGCAAUAUCUAUUUUAAACAAUGUCAACGCCAAGGUUGUCUCGGUUGUUUGAACCAAUUACGAAAUUUCAAUUUUGGUGCUCGACAUUUAACUAAUCUAGUCAAUGAUAAUCCGACUGAAACACAAAUUGUUCAAAGUUACCUGACAACUCAUCACCUCACAACACGAGAAUUACUUAUCGAAUGUUGUCAACGUCUUGAUCGAAAAGAGUUCGCUUGCACAGAUAUCGAUCGUAAUGCACCUGCUCCAUCAUCAAAAGUCGUUUGUUAUAAAUGUGGUCUACGCAUCUUCAAAGAACUUGCCUACCAAUUUCGUGUAGCUUUAAAACCUAAAGAUAUUUCACCAAUUGCCAUGCGUAAUCGUGAAAAUUGUUACUAUGGUAAACAUUGUCGUACGCAAUAUACUAAGCCAGCUCAUGCUCAAAAGUACAAUCAUGCUUGUGAACAGAUUCGAUUUUAA